AUGGAGCUCCAAGCUAACAAUGCGAUUAGAAGGCAAUCAGUCGAAGUCGGUAAAUUCACAAGACAAAUGUUCCUGAGUAUAUGCGGAUACGCUAGAGUGAAUUAGACUUAAAAUGUGAUAAAAACUACAUAAGAUUAAAUUUAUGAAACUAGAAAAAUUAUAUUCAAAAAAACAUGCAUUACAUACUUAUAUACAAAUAAAGAUUGAAUGUGCGCCCAAGAAUGUUUUCCUCUCUGAGUGUUGUGCAUAUGAGUUGGGAAUCACUGGCCAGUAAUAUAGUAGGUCGUUCGUUGUGUGUUAGCGAAAUUUAUGUAUGUGAAACACUCAGUUAUUUUAAUUUCAACCUUAACUGUGAAUCGACUUGGUGUUAGUGAUAUUAUAUCAAUAUAGAUUAAAUAACUGGGUUAUUCUAAUAACCGUGCGCGGAUAGUGAUAUUUGAAAAUGCCAGAUAAGGAUAACUAUGACGCAAUGGAGAUCGAGACGAAUGGCAGCGGCAGUUCAGCAAAUGGCAACCUCUUGGGUCAAGAGAAAUUCAUAUUACAAUUCUGCAAUGUUUUCUAUACUGCUAAACAGAAAAAUAAACUGGUUACGAUACUUAAUGACAUAUGUGGAGAGUUCAAAUCUGGUCGUCUAACCGCUGUGCUGGGGCCAUCUGGUGCGGGGAAAACUUCGAUUCUCAAUGUCCUAUCUGGCUUCAAAGCAAGUGGUGUGUCUGGCAAAAUCACCUUCAAUGGAGAAGAGCGAAAUAACUUGGCAUAUCGCAAGGUAUCAUGCUACAUUCCACAAGAUUUUGCCUUGCUCGAUUUAUUAACGGUGCAGGAGACCAUGAGCGAUUCGGUGGAUCUUAAAUUGCCUUCGAAAACAACUUCUGAAGAAAAAGAAAAAAUUGUCAACGACAUUAUUCGGAUACUAAAUAUGGAGAAGUGCCGACACAGAUUAGUGCGUAAUCUUUCUGGCGGUGAGAGGAAACGUCUAUCUAUUGCUAUAGAAUUGGUCACUAAUCCUCCGGUUAUGUUUUUUGAUGAGCCAACUAGUGGAUUGGAUAGUGUCUCCAGUUUGCAGAUAAUCAACUAUAUGAAACGAUUGGCGCUUGAUGGCCGGAUAAUUGUGUGUGUAAUUCAUCAGCCCAGUUCGAAACUUAUGAAACUAUUUGAUGAUGUUAUAGUUAUGUCGCGGGGAAAUUUGGUGUAUUCAGGACCAAAAGUGGAUAUGAUCCCCACUUUUGAGGAAGCGGGCUUUGCAUUUCCCGAAUACUACAACCCAGCCGAUUUCGCUUUAGAGGUUAGCAGUGAAGAGCACAAUGAACAAAUCCUGAGUUUGAUUGAAAGAAACAAAAACCGUUAUUGCGGAACGUCCACCCAUCUAAAUGAAGACGCAACGAAUGCAAUAAACGAAAACACAAAAAUAUUAAAUGACUCGAAUAAUCACACCACAAUUAACGUGCCAUCGCAUAAUGGCUCUGAAAGCGGACGAUCAACACAUGAACGAUGCAGAUUCACAGUCAUACGUCCCAAAGCCAAGGUAGGGGUCUACAGGCAAAUGGUCAUACUCACACGGAGAUCUCUACGCACAAUGUCAAGGAACCUGAUAGCAGUACAGUUACGUGUUGUAGUGCAUGUUAUUGUUGCAGUUCUUGUUGGGGCAGUAUUUUGGGAUAUCGGCAAUGACGGUGGCAGGACUUUAACAAAUAUUUCUUGUAUUUUUUUCAUUAUAAUGUUUAUUUUCUUUGGCAACGCAAUGCCUUCGAUAUUACUAUGUCCACAGGACACGCCAGUUUUUAUACGUGAGUACUUAAACGGUUGGUAUUCCCUUAGAGCCUACUAUGCUUCAAAACUCACCUCAGAUCUUCCGAUGCUCCUUAUUUGUCCAACUUUAUUUACGACAAUAAUUUACUUUAUGACUAGUCAACCGGAUGACGUUGUACGAUUUGCUAUGUGCUGGGUGGUUAGUAUAAUUUUGGCCAUUGUGGGUCACUUUAUGGGGUUAGCGUUUGGGUCGAUAUUCGAAUUGCAGAUGGCAAUCCUAUUAGUACCUGGAAUAUCGAUUCCUUUUAUGAUUUUCUCAGGGUUUUUCAUACGUAUUCAUGAAGUGUCCGAUAUUUUCCGGCCAUUGUGUGAUAUCUCCUUCUACCGUUAUACCAUGGAGGCAUUUAUUCAAGCAAUAUAUGGGUAUGGUCGCCCCGAUUUGCAAUGUUAUAGAGAAUUCUGUUACUUCAAAUCACCAACUAAAUUGCUAAAGGAGUUGGAUAUGGAAGCUGACUUGUAUGGGCACGACAUAUUCGUACUUUCCAUUUGGAUAUUAUUCUUUAUGGUGUUAUUUUUCAUUAGCUUGGUUUUACGUAUUAAACGCGAGCAAUAAGUAUAUAGAAUUUUCUUUUAAUUAGCUAUUUUUUUACAUUAUUUAACGCAAAAAAUACAAGAAGGAAAGAAUCUGUAUAUUAAUUCAACAAAUACACACGCGUUUCCCAUUUGAAAAAGUGCAAGUGAUUUAACUUUUUUAUGCAAAAUUAGGUAAAUAUAAAUAUUCAGAGCACUCCAAAA